AUCAAAUUCUUCUUCUUUUUCUUCGUGGUGGUCGCCCUUGUCAGCUGACUCUGAAAUCGAUUUGAAUUAUGAUUCAGUUACUUUUCACUUUGAUUUUUGCUGAAAUGGCAUUAAUCAUCAUCUUCGUCUUCAAAACGCCAUUGAGGAAGCUUGUUAUAAUGGGGCUUGAUCGAGUGAAGAGAGGACGAGGACCAAUCAUUGUGAAAACUGUUGCUGGAACUGUUUUCGUGGUUAUGAUGUCUACAAUCUACAGUGUUGCAUCGAUCCACACGCGAUGGGUUGAUGAAGGUGGUGAUAUUACUCCUACUGAUCAGAUUCUUUUGGCUCAACAUCUUCUAGAAGCUUCUCUUAUGGGAUUCUCCCUCUUCCUUGCCUUUAUGAUUGAUAGACUACACCAUUAUAUAAGAGAACUUAGUAUGAGGAGGAAGACAAUGGAAGCUGUGAAAAAGCAAAACAGAGCCUUUGAGGAUGGAAAGAAUGGGGCUUCAGAGGAGAUCAAAACUUUGGAGGGAGAGGCAAGUGCAUUGCGUGAAAAAAUUAGGCAGCUGGAGUUAGAACUGGAGGAGAAGGCCAAAGAAGCAAGCAGUGCUGAAGCCAAUGCAGGUGCUCUAAAAAAGCAGUCAGAAGGAUUUCUUCUUGAAUAUGACCGGUUACUUGAGGAAAACCAAAACCUUCGUUCUCAAUUGCAAUCACUGGAUCGUACGUUGUCACGUUCUGAUAGCAAGAAGGUUUCAUAAAGAACCAUGUCCCAGUCCUGUGAAAAGACCUGCAAUUUCUAUGAUGAAUUUGUCACUACCUUGGUAAGUCCCUGCUCAAAAGCUGGACGAUUAAGUGUAAGAAUGCAAAGCUCUGAGAGUGUUUUUCAUUUUUCUCUAUCAUAGUCUUCAUGUCGUAAUGCAAAAGGGGUUUAAACAUUAUGAAUACUAGAAACUUCUUCUUUCAACGUAUAGUAUUACUCUAUCACCAGGAAAUGUGAUCCGUC